AUGACUGGACGCGGCGGCGGCGCAGCGCGCAAAACCCUUCUUGCGCCUAUCCAUUUCAUUUUCAGCCUGCUACAAAAGCGCAAUACCGUCUCAAUAUGGCUCUAUGAGAAUCUCCAUACGCGCAUUGAAGGCAAGAUCAGGGGGUUUGACGAAUUCAUGAAUCUGGUGGUGGACGAAGCGGUCGAGGUUCAGCUUGCCACGAAAGAGACCUCGGAAAAGAGGAGGAAGCUCGGUCAGAUUCUGUUGAAGGGCGACAAUGUAUCCCUCAUUCACGCGCUCGACUAA